CUAAAUAUAUCAAUGGAUGGAUUACCAUUGCAUAGAAGUGGCAGCAUGCAGUUUUGGCCGAUAUUAUUUAAUAUUCAUGAGAUGCCGAAAGUUCCUGUGAUGACGGCAGCUAUUUUCUGCGGCAUGACAAAGCCGACGAACGUUGAGGAAUAUUUACGUCCCAUGGUCACGGAGAUGAACAACAUCAUGGAAAACGGAAUAAACUUCAACGGGAAACAUGUAUCGAUACAUCUAAGGGCCAUUAUUGCAGACACUCCAGCAAGAGCAUUCAUAAAAGGUGUAGUAGGACAUGCCGGUUACAGCAGUUGCCAGAAAUGUACCGUCGUAGGUCAAUACGACAGCGCUGCUCGCACUAUUGUAUUUUCUGGGACACAAGCAACACAACGAACUGAUGAAGCAUUCAGGGAAGGCGCCUAUCCAGGACACCAAAGGACGACGACACCUCGUUUAGAUUUAAGAAAUUUUGACAUAGUCCAGGAUGUCGUGGUUGCAGAUCGUUUGCAUCUUAUCGAUCUUGGCAUCAUGAAGAGACUGCUAGUGGGCUGGCGAAACGGAACACUGGGAAAAAGAAAAUGGGACCAAACUCAAAGUGAAUUAAUAACGCAAGCCUUGCAGACGAUAAAACUUCCUUCUGAAAUUCAUCGUAAGCUACGUACAUUGAAGUAUGUAAAUUUUUGGAAAGGGUCCGAAUAUGCAUCAUUUUUACACUAUGCAAGUAUCGUCUUGCUGAAGGAACAUUUGGAGGAUAAUGUAUACGAGCAUUUUUUGUUGUUUUUCUGCUCUGUUACUCUUUUUUUUUCGUCCGUAUAUCAGCUAUACUGGCCGGUUGCUGGAGAAAUGAUGAAAAAAUUUGUUGAAGACUAUGCUUCUAUUUACGGAGAACGCUAUAUCAGCAGCAAUGUGCAUAACCUGCAACACAUUUUGGAAGAAGUAGAACAUUUUGGUCCAUUAAACACAAUAUCCACAUACCCGUUCGAAAACAAACUGCAAUUUUUGAAAGGACGAUCGCAAAUCGAUGCGGUAAUACACGCAAGUGAUCCUAUGGAUCUGGCCGGACAAACAACCACCUCGAACGACGAUUCGAUGGCUACGGCAACGGACAGCGGAGCUCCAUAG